AUGGCGCAAGGGGACAGUGGUGCUGCUGAUGAGCAGCAGCCAUGGGAGUACACGCUGCGGAAGUACCUGCUGCUGCUGGCCUCGCUGGUGGCGACGGUGGCGUACGGCGCGGGGUUCAGCCCGCCGGGGGGCGCCUGGCAGGACAGUGUCGCCGGCGAGCACACCGCCGGCGACCCCAUACUCCGGAGCCUCCACUACGGCCGGUACCUCGUCUUCUUCUACUGCAACGCCACCGCGUUCGCGUCGUCGCUGCUCGUCAUCGUGCUCAUCCUCCUCUUCGCCGUGCUGCACGAGAAGAAGGACAUGUGGAUCACGGUCAUGCCGCUGCGUAUGGUCAUGGUGCUCGACCUGCUCAGCCUCAUGGGCGCCUACGCCGCCGGGACGUGCCGGGACGCGGUCACGGCCAGGUACACCUUGGCGCUCGUGGCCACCGUCUUCGUCUACCUCGUGGUGCAGAUGGUGCUGGCCUCGCUGCCCGUCGGCGAGCACGACUACGACCACGAGAUCAAGGAGCGGCCCCGCAAGGUCCUCCUGCUGCUGGCCACGUUCGCCACGAGCCUCACGUACGUGGCCGGGCUGAGCACGCCCGGCGGCUUCUGGCCGGACAGCACCGGCGGCCACCGCGCCGGCGAGGCCGUCAUGGGGGAGCGCCACCCGGCCCGCCUGACGGCGUUCCUCCUCUUCAACACCACCGCCUUCGUCGCGUCGCUGCUCAUCAUCGUGCUGCUCCUCGACAGGAAGCUCCGGGACUGGUCGCGGCAGUCGUGGGAGCUGUACGGCUGCGUCGUCGUCUCGCUGAUCGGGCUCGUCGGGGCGUACGCCGCCGGCAGCUCCAGGGUGGAGCACACCACCGUGUACGUGGUCGCGCUCGCCGGCGCCGUCCUCGUGUACAUUGCGUUCCAGGCGACCGUCGUGCCGCGUGCGAUGCUUGCACUCAGGCAGACCAAACUCGCACGGAUUUACUCUUCCAUGUCAAAACGGCGACAUCGUCCCAAGCAACAAUACCCAGACCUAACGCAGGCCACUAUUGACAGGGAGGCCGAACUUGAGCGAGCUAUGGAGAAGGCUCGCUCGCUUGUUCUACUGCUCGCUACUCUCGCGGCCACGGUCACCUACCAAGCGGCACUAGACCCACCCGGCGGCUAUUGGCAGGACAACGGCCAAGGGCACAAGGCCGGUGACCCGAUCCUCCUCACGACUAACCCUAGGCGGUACAAGACAUUCUUCUACUGCAACUCGACCGCCUUCCUGGCGUCCCUGCUCGCCAUCAUCCUGGUGCAGAGCAGGUCCCUGCUCGAGCGCCACGCCCUGGAGGCGGCCAUGAUCCUCGACCUGUUCGGGCUCAUGGGCGCCUACGCGGCGGGCAGCUGCAGGGACGCGAGCACCUCCAUCUACGUCCUGGCCAUCGCCGGCGCCGUGCUGGUGUACGUGGUGAUCCACGUCGUCUUCUUCACGCUCGACCACACGGUGGCGGGGCACAGCGAGGACGUGCUGCUCGAGAAGAGGCGCAAGAGGUUGCUCCUUUUCGCGAUCUUGUCCGCGACCAUCACCUACCAGGCCGGGCUAACCCCGCCGAGCGGCUUCUGGCAGGCCGGCGACCUCGCCGGCAUGCCGGUGCUCUUCAGCAACAACCCGCACCGCUACAGAGCCUUCUUCUACUGCAACACCACGAGCUUCAUGUCGUCCGUCGCCCUCAUCAUACUCUUGGUGAACCCAAACUUGUACCGGCCGGCCAUUCGGAGCUACGCGCUCUCGGUUUGCAUGGUGGCCGGCAUGCUUGGUCUCAUGGGUGCCUACGCCGCCGGAAGCUCGCAGCAUCUGCGGACGUCUGUCUACGUCUUCGUCCUGGUGGUAACUUUCGUGGUCUUGCUUCUCGUGGUGUUCGUCGUGCGCCAGAAGAGAAACCCCGACGAGGAGGAUGUAAGCCAGAGAUCACAGGGCAACCUGCAGCAACAGCAGAACCUGCCAAGAACUGACGAAAUGCAACGCGAGCAGCACACCAAGCGCAAGUACCUGAUGCUGCUCGGGAUCCUGGCGGCGAGCAUCACCUACCAGGCCGGCCUGCAUCCGCCGGGCGGCGUGUGGCAGAGCGACGGCGACGGCGGCGACCAUGGCUACGCGGCAGGUGACCCCGUCAUGCGCUACAACCGCAUACGGCGGUACCGCGCCUUCUUCUACAGCAACUCCACUUCCUUCAUGGCGUCCGUCGUCGUCGUCGUGCUGCUGCUGGUGCCGCUGCCGGACCGGGCGCCGGUGCUGCGGCAGGUCGUCGGCGGCGGCGGGUGGCUGCUGCAGGCGAUGAACGCGACGGUCGUGCUCGACAUGGUCGGCCUCCUGGUGGCCUACGGGGCAGGAUCCAGCAGGGAGUGGGAGACGUCCGGGUACGUCAUCGCCAUGGCCAUCGUCGUUCUCGGCUACUUCGCGAUCCACGCGACGCUGUCGACCUUCAGCCAGGGUGACAGGCGAAGUAGCGCCGCUAGCCAACGGGUUGUUCCUCGGAGUGGUGAGUCCCCAGAAGCAGGCAAUGGCUGGAGAGAGGCACAGGGAAGUUCUGUGUGAUUCUAUGUUGUCCAUUCUGGAGUGCUGUGCAUGCAGUGUGUGCACUGCGAUCUGUGUUUCAGCCUGGCAAUUCUGCAGGCUAGCAGCUGGGGUGUAAAGAAGACAGGCAAAAGGCUUGUGCUAUCCUUGGUUUUCCCAAGUUGUUGUAUGUACUUUAUUUAAGAUUUGUAGUUUUCUUGCUGAAAUUGAAUCAUCCUAA